GAGUGUCAGCCAUAUCAAUCCAGUGCAACAGCUCCAGGGCAACAGUUGCUCCUCCUCCGUCUCAUCCAUUCAUCCAUCCUACCAAAUCCCAGCAUGAAGCAGUUUGUGGUUUUGGCCGUUCUGGCUUUGAUCGGCGCUACCCGGGCCGCUCCUCGUCCGGAUGUCAGCCAUCUGGCGGGCUACAGCUACCAGGCUGGUGGCUUCAACGGCGGCAACCUGGUGGCCAACCAGGUGAUCAGUGCUCCCCUGACCUCGGUGUCCACCUCCUAUCAGCCCACGGCAGCCGGUAGCAACUACUUCAGCUCGGCACCCGCCAUUGGCCAACUGAACCUGGGCUCCUCCGGCUCCUCGGGCGUCGUCAACUACCAGGUGGGCAACUUGGGAUCCUCCAACUACCAGGUGGAGUCCUCCUCUGGCGGCGCCGGCAGCGGCGGCAUCGUUAGCGACAGCAUUGGCCUGGCCGGUCUCCAGCCCGGUCCCACCAUCAACUACAACGAGCAGGAGUCGUACAUCAGCCACCUGGCCAACUUCCAGCCCGCCCAGAUCAACAAGCACUUCUACAUCCACAGUGCUCCCGAGGAUCACGAUGAGCAGCAGAUCGUCCGCUAUGUGAACGUGGGCAGGCCCCAGAAGAACUACCGCGUGGUGUUCAUCAACGCACCCACAUCCACCACCAGCAAGGCCAAGAUCAUUGCCAACAUUGCUCCUGUGGAGGAGAAGACCGCCAUCUAUGUCCUGUCCAAGAAGUCCAACGCUCUGGAUGUUAGCGCCGAGGUGGUUACACAGCGCCCGGUGGCCAACAAGCCGGAGGUCUUCUUCGUCAAGUACAAGACUCCCCAGGAGGCGGCCCAUGCCCAGCAGACCAUUCAGGCCAACUACGAUGCUCUGGGUGGAGGCUCUGAGACCAGCAACGAGGGCGUGAUCCCCGUCUCCUCCGUGAUCGGCAGCCUGGGCGACAAUGGAGCCUCCGGCGUGGUGACCGACGCCAGUGGCAGCCUGAACAUCGUGGGCACCGGCGGAGUUCCCAGCGUGGAUGGAGGCGCCUCCUAUGAGGCGGAGGGCAGCCAGCGCCAGGUGAUCAGCACGGUGACCACCGGCACCAAUGCCCAGGCCACCUAUCUGCCCGUGAGGCCUGUGAGGAAGUAGGUGCAUCACCUGGACACCUUAUCCACCCCUCCUCCAGCAUCACCUAGCCACAUCCACUGGACGACACGCACACACACACACACACACACACACUGUUGAAGACCCGGGGGAUUCGGACUGGAUGGGAAAGCCCCUUGGGUUUGGGGCCCAUUGCAGUGGAGUCCCGCCGGGGAAACCUAUGCGAUUUUUUCUAUUUAGUUUUGGCUUCGGCACUACUUCAUAU